AUGCUGAAUAAGCUUGCACUGUGGGCUCUUUACGAUUCAAGACUUACACCUCACAAAAAAAUUUGCGAAGAACUUAACAUCAACGAAGUGAGUCUUUCCUUCGUUGUUGAAGACUUUGAUUUGUACGAGGAGAGUGCAUUAAACAACUUGGACCAUGUGGUUUUCGGCGAAGAAGCAAACUACGUCGAUGUUGUUGAUGAUAAAUAUGAUGAUGACAAAAUGAUAUCAGAAGACGAAGUUACUACAAUGGACGAUUUAAUGGACUGUGAAGACAUCUCUGAUUCCAUCCAUAAUCCUACACAAACUGAAGAAAUUGAUUUAAAACGCAAGAGCCCAAAAGAACUCAAACUGAUCAAAAUGGUAAAGUUGUUGAAAUCCAACUUCGAAAAAGGAAACCAGUAUGUCAAGGAACAAAUUGUCCACUCAAUUGAAGCCCACAUCAACUCUGAGAUAACAUCCAAUGGAAAAGAACUAACAAGAGGUCAGAGGGAUGCCGAAUUGGGUGAAUUUAUUGUAUUAUAUCUUUCUUUUAUGAGCGCAGGGAGUGGGCUGUCUCAAAUGCAAAUAGAAGAUGUAGUGGGUUUCCUCAAUUUCUUUAUUGAUGCUACAAAAAUAAAUAUAAAACCAUUCAAACUCUCUCUAAGUGCAUCCACUAUUAAAAGGCGAAUAUCGUUGAUCGCAGAUGUAAAGAAAGACGAAACUAAAGAGUUUCUCCAAAAAGCAAAGUAUGUGGGUCUUAUGGCUGAUGGCGCAAAAUACGGCUCCAGUGAGCACUUCAGUCUGUUUUCAAGGUCAGUAAGUGAAAACAACGAGGUGAAUGAGUCUAAACUGAAAAUUGAAAAAUUUAUAGGGAAGCCAUCAUCCGAAAAUUGGUUAAAGUGGAUAGUUUCUGUUGGCGAGGAAUUUGAAUUUGACUUCAAAAAAUGCUCUUCUGUCACGUUUGACGGGGCAAGCACAAUGAUCAGUGAAGAAGGAGGACUUUCUGGUAAAAUAACAAAUUGGCUCAAUACAAAAGGCUUUCUGGUAGAUCCAUUCCAAUCCAAUUACUGUUUUAGCCAUAGGCUAAGUAAAGCUGUCGAGAAAAUAAACGAAAUUGUAGAGGUUGCAAUAAUCAAGAAAUAUCUGUACAAAUUAACAACCGACAACGUUAGAACACUCUGGGAGCGGUUUUGUUUACAACGGGGGACAACAGAAAUUGCUCUAAACAUCCCGCAUUAUUCUAAUACAAGAUUCCUUUAUAUCGCAACAAUAUCAAAUAUGUUGUUCGAUUGUUAUUCUGAAAUGAAGAAUUUCAACUCCAGAGUGCCAAAUUUACAACGAAUCGAGUUGAGCCGAAGUGAAAAAAAGUCAAUUUUAAAAAAAUACUUUGGAAAGGUUCUUCCCAACUUGAGUGAAUCAUUGUUAAAUGUAAAGUUGAAAUCGAUCGAGACAAUCACUUUCACAUCGACGCUUGAAGAUGAGAAUUUUGUUGCCAUUUUGUAUUUUGUUGAUUAUAUAAUCACCAAAAUCAAAGUUGUCAGUGACUGGCUUCAAAAGCGCAACCUUUCCUUUUCUAUCGCAUACAGACGAAUAAUCGAUCUCAUCAUUUUUCUCAUCGAUUUCAAAACACAAAUUAAUGAUUCUGAAGAUGAUGUGCUUUUUUCACUUCCAUUCUUGAAUCGUGUUAGUCUUUCCGAAAGGUCUGGUGUGCGUCAAGUGUGUUACUCUAUCGUGAACAGAUUGGUCCAGGCUCUUUCGGUACGCUUCUCAAAUCCAACAGGAAAAAUCAAAGAAGAAUAUUUGAAGUUAAACGGGUUUGCAAAGGAAAACGAAUUGUCAAUUAACAGUUUAGAUGACUUCACGAAAUUGGGUGAAAAGGUACGCAAACCCGAAUUUAUGAUCGCGUUAAAUUCUUGUUUUCUUCCAGAAUAUGAGAAAGUAAAACAAAACAUUUCUUCUGAGUUGAACAUGGAAAUAACAAGAUUUAAUUAG